AUGGUGGUUGUCUAUGUUAACAAAACUUCAGCAUCUUGUCUGAAUGACGAAUUCCGCUGUAACGACGGGCAAUGCAUUAAUUUUAUAAAUUAUUGCGAUGGCGUAUCGGACUGUUCCGACGGUUCGGACGAAGAAGAUUCGUGUUUGGAGAAGAAAAAUAGAAUUGGUCGGAACUCUGGUCUUUACAUUAAGCCCAGUCAAGGAACGGUGUACAUCGGCGACGUUCUAGAGCUUGAGUGUAUUUGGACCGAUGGCGCAAGCGCUAGCGAGUACAGUGAAAUUACGUGGGCCAAAUUAAACGACGACAUGGAAAACAAUGUUGAAAACCUAGGAUCCGUAAUCAAGUUUAAUGACGUGAGACCAGAGAACACCGGAACUUACAGAUGUACGAAACGAGAUAAAAACAAUAACAUCGUCACUGAAGAUUACGAGUUGACCGUUACGCCGACCCCGUCCGACGCGGCUUCGCCAUCAGUGAGUACCAAGUACGCGCCAUACGGAAAAUCUGUUGUAAUAGAAUGUAACAGCGAUCUAUCGCUGCCAGUUGAAUAUUCUUGGGCCAAAUUUGGACCUCAAAUGGAACCUAUAUACGAUCGCAGAAACUUAACGCUGUACAACGUUACUGAAAAGAGUGCGGGACUGUACUUUUGCACAGCUUCAAACGAAAUGGUUAGAAUGGAUAUACCAACGGUGCUUGUCGUCACCGGAAUCGUACCCUCAUUCCGCCGCACCGACAGCUACCUAGCGUUCCCGACCCUCCUUAACACUUAUUUGGAAUUAAACAUAGAAGUUCACUUCAAACCCGAAAUGAACGAUGGAUUGAUAUUGUACAACGGUCAGAAACCUGGUGGCUCGGGCGACUUUUUCUCGUUCGGGCUCCGUGACGGCAUUCCCGAGUUCCGUUUUGACGUCGGAUCUGGGGCUGCGAUCAUAAAGGCGACAGAACCAGUGACAUUGAACGAAUGGCACGUGGCUAGACUCGAAAGGGUUAAAAAACACGGUAACAUGUACAUCGACGAACGCGGUCCAUACUGUGGCGUCAGUCCAGGUACAUUCCAAGGAAUGGAUUUGUCUCAACUCUUGUACAUUGGCGGAGUUCCCGACUUUGGGUCGAUACACAAAGACGUCGGUUUCCAAACCGGAUUCAUCGGUUGCGUCAGCGGUUUUAAAUCGGAAACCCGUACGUACAACUUGAUGAAGGACUCGGUGGACAAACAAGGUUUGGGCACGUGUGAUGUUUGUUCCAACAAUCAAUGUUUGAACCAAGGUAUCUGCCAAGAGGCUCAAACCAGACAGGGGUACACGUGCAUAUGUCAACCCGGCUACAGCGGCGAGUAUUGUGACAAGAUAAGUGAAGUUUGCACGCCGGGAAUCUGUGGGCUCGGUGAAUGUUUGGCUGGACACGAAGAAAUCGAAUGCAAAUGUAAAAUCGGCACUCUCGGGAAGAGAUGCGAACGUUCCGUUGAAAUCGUCGAACCGUAUUUCGGAGGCAAAUCUUAUCUAGCGUACCCGGCACCGACUUCGCAACAGAAACUAACGAUAUCCUUGAAAAUCAAUCCGGCGUCCUUGACUGACGGUGUGAUUCUGUACGCCGCUCAAAACCACCAAGGAAUCGGCCAAUUCAUGUCAGUGACGUUGAAGAACAGACAAGUGGAAUUCCGCUACACCGUGGCCGGUAUGACGUCCAUGCUGCGAAGCAGACAAAAUUUGGAAAUUGGAGAGUGGACUACGAUAACCGUUAGCCGUAACACUGAAACACAGGAAUGCAAAUUGUCAGUCAAUAAAGAAACGCCAAUCAGAUCCAUCGAAAACGGUAAUAUGCACGCCUUGGAACUGAAAACCCACCUGUUUGUGGGCGGUUACGAUUCGUACAAGGUGAAAAUCGCUAAAUCCGUGGAAGUCGAGAACAAUUUCAAAGGAUGCAUAAAAAUGCUCAAAGUGUCCGGAAUGGACUUGGACAUUAUAAGUUCUACAGUGGAUUCCGCUAAUACUGAAGACUGCGUAGUUGCUCGGGGAGACGCCUGUUCUUAUAACCACUGCAAGAAUUACGAGAACUGCCACACCGUGUCCAAACACUACGAAUACGUAUGCUAA